GACACAGCUUCAAUAAAUAUACUUUACUAGUACUAUUAUAUUCUGUUGAAACAAGGAAUCAAAACCCCAACUUCUCUCUUUUCUGCUGCAGCGGCGAAAAUGGCGAACCCGGAGGAGGCUGUGGAUUUCGAGCCAGAGGAAGACGAUCUGAUGGACGAAGACGUUGACGCUUCGUCACCUAGGGCACCGAUACCAAAGCUGAAAUCAGCCAUUACAGGCGGUGGUUCUUCUGCUUCUAAGAAAAUCAAAGGCCGUGGUUUCCGUGAAGAGACUGCUGAGGCUGAAAGGAAUGCUCGCCUUUCUGCUCGAUUUGAUUCUCUCGACUCCGAAGGUGGCCCUGGACCUGAAAGAUCCAUUGAAGGAUGGAUUAUUUUAGUCACUGGAGUUAAUGAGGAGGCACAAGAAGAUGAUCUUCAUAAUACAUUUGGUGAGUUCGGGGAGAUCAAGAAUUUGCAUUUGAAUCUGGAUCGUCGUUCUGGAUUUGUCAAGGGUUAUGCACUUAUUGAAUAUGAAAACUUUGAAGAAGCAGAGAGAGCUAUCAGUGAAAUGGAUGGGAAUGAGCUGCUCACUCAGACUAUACAUGUUGAUUGGGCAUUCAGCAAAGGUCCUUUUAGAAGGAGAAAUGCUAGGAGAAGGUCACCACAUAGUCGUCGUUCUAGAAGUCCCAGGAGGAGAUUCUAAUUGUACGCACUCCUUUUUGCAAGGAUUGUGUCACUAGCUUCUAGAGAUCAGGCUCUACGAAUUCCUGGCCUAUGCUGUAAUUCCAUGUGUACGAUUGUUGCUUUGCCAGUUUUUCUUUAAUUUUCUGUUCCCUUAACUCCGCUCUAAGUGAAUGCAUUCCGAGCUUGUCUGGUGGUGUGCACUUUCUAUGGCCUUUGUGAAAAUU